GGUGGCAGAUACACCUGAAAAUCUUCGCCUGAAACAGCAGAGUGAAUUGCAGAGUCAGGUCAAGUACAAAAGAGAUUUUGAAGAAAGCAAAGGGAGGGGGUUCAGCAUCGUCACGGACACUCCUGAACUCCAGAGGCUGAAGAGGACUCAGGAGCAAAUCAGUAACGUAGGUGACUGUUCGAUGCCUCGAUCGCCCUAACUCGCGUGUCUGCAUGAGAGAAUGAGGUUGGGACUUGGAGGUGUCCUUGUCGCUACCGUGGGCAAGCGGUUCUCAAGGUGCUCAUAAGAUAUGCCAGGCUCAACUGGGGAACUCCUUCCGUUUGAUUUCAUCAUGGUUACCUAGAGCCUCACACUUUAAUAGCAACGACUAUAUUUCUGAAUUGAUAUUUAACUUAUUUCAUUAAAGCGACUUGCGAAAUGCGUUUACUAGAGAGAUCAACUUGAUGACAAGAAUUGUGUAUUUAGAAAUAUAGUCAUCGCUAUUAAAACAGUUGUUAUAAUUUAGCAUCUUAUGCCAUUUUUAAUGGUUCUCCGCAUUUGCGUUUUUCCAAAACAGGACUUUUAUAGGUAAAAUUAUACACCUGACAGUUUUGGUCUUGGCUGUGGCUAAUCAGACAAAAAAUAUAUACACAUAAGGCUAAGUAUCUUGAAUAAUCUUAUUUUGCUAAUUGUGUGUAUGUAAGCUUUCACACUUUAAACUAGAAAUUUGUUGAAAUGAUGUAUUCCAUUGAAUUUCUGAAACAAACAUUUACGUAUGACGUUGCUGUGGAUUUGAAAGCUGUAUCUCGUUAAGUAAUAUAUUUUUCCUGACAAAGAAAAUUGAGGAGAGCAUCACUUCCCAGCACAUUAGGGACCAAAAGUGUUAAUUCCGUACUACGUGAAGGCAGAUGAAUAGCUUAUCUUCGUUUUCAUAAUUCAUGCCUGUGAUUAUGUUUCUUCCAAAGUUUCUUUGAAGUUUGUCGAAAUGUAUUUUUUUUUCAGAAAAAAAAAAAUCAGUUCAGUGUUAGGUAUCCAAGAGGACAUACGUAUGAAAAUUGACAACUAUGUACAUGAUACAGAAGUAUGCACAAAUCUGCAAGAUUCAUGCCGUGUUUCAUGAGAAGUGUAUCUUGUGUAUUACUUCCACCAAACUUUGUGUGUUAUAAGCGAUGUUUAUAGAUGUUAUAAACAAUGGAGCCUUAAUUUCCAGGAAGUGUUUAAUUAGCAGAUGGUUUAAACUCGCUGAUGUUUGGCCGUCAUCAUUAUAUAUAACAAUUUGGAGAUGAAAUUAUAGUAUACAAUUUGAGAAAGAAUUUUAUUUGUGAAAAAAAACCACAACGGUGUGAUGUUUUGAAAAAACUUCUUUAGGGAAUAACAGGAGGUGGAGGGAACACUUCGUUUUGCCAAAUUCCCUAAGGUUUAUUCAUUAUUUGCUCUUUAAAUGGACAUUUUAGGUUUGUAAGAACUUUUUUUUUCCUUUGAAGGUAAAAGGGAUGCAUUUUAAAGAUUCACAUCUUUUGUCCCCUCAUUUUUCUCCCCCGUCCCGACAACCCACCAGUCAUGUGUUACCGCCCUCAUCUUUCUUCCUCUUCAUUCCUUCUUUAAAUUAAAAAGUGAUUUUUGUUUUUCAAAAUGUGAGUUAGGGAUACGGCACUGGCAGUUACACAGAAUAACGUUUCUUUCUUUGGGUUAUUUUUGGGGAACUUGAGAAAAAAAACAAAACAAAACCCAAAAUAAUGCCACACAAAACUAAGUUAUAUCGUAAGUCACAAACUGUCACAGAAAUAUAUUUCAAAAAGAACUACACAUUUCUACUCUAAGACAUCCAUGGGACAGCUACCAUAAGGAUUGCAGUCAAUCGAAAGCAGGAAUAUACAUUUUAUUCAACACGUGGAGCUGUUUGCAGAUCCAUUCUUAAUUACGCAAAAACCCCUUAUAACACAGGUAAUGGAGAAAUAUAUGGAGGGGAAGGGGAACCCCCCCCCCCCCCCCCCGCCAAAACCAGAUGACAGGAUCCUGUAUUUUGCGGACUGACUGAUUUUAUUAUACCCUUUGGGACAUACCUACUGGGAGCACAUACUGAACGUUAAAGAAGAUCCGGUAGUCUUGCCUACAUAUUUGUGGAGUUGCCAGAUGCGACCGUCAUUAAUAAUUAUGCCACAUCAUUAUAACUUUGGUGGAUUUUUGCAGCACAGUGGAGAGUCAAUAAGAACUUAUUACACGAUGGGAAAUGAGAAAAUAGCAGCCGCUGAAGUCCACUGACGGUAUUCUUUAAGCCUGUGAUUGAAGACCUCAGCAUGGAAUUGGCCAAAAAAUGCACCAAACUCAUUAGUGACAUUCAUUAUAAAGAAGAAUAUAAAAAAUCUAAGGACAAGUGUACGUUUGUGCCUGACACGCCCAUGCUAAACCAUGUAAAAAACAUUGGUGCUUUUAUUUCUGAGGCAAAAUACAAAGGCGCCAUUAAGAAGAAUCUUUCCAAUUCUCUGUAUAGGCAGAUGCCAGCCACAAUUGAUAGUGUCUUUGCAAGAGAAGUUACCCAGCUUCAGAGUGAGGUUGCCUAUAAGCAGAAACAUGAUGCUGGCAGAGGAUUCUCAGAUUAUGCUCAUAUGAAGGAGCCACCCGAGAUCAAACAUGCCAUGGAGGUCAAUAAACACCAGAGUAAUAUUUCUUAUAGAAAAGAUGUACAGGACACCCACACGUACAGUGCAGAUCUCAACAGACCAGACAUCAAGAUGGCAACGCAGAUCUCCAAGAUCAUAAGCAAUGCAGAGUACAAGAAAGGGCAAGGAGUAAUGAAUAAAGAGCCUGCUGUAAUUGGAAGACCAGAUUUCGAACAUGCUGUGGAAGCUUCUAAACUUUCUAGUCAAAUUAAAUACAAAGAAAAAUUUGAUAGUGAAAUGAAGGAUAAGAAACAUCGUUACAAUCCUCUUGAAAACGCUUCUUUUAGGCAAAGUCAGCUUGUCACUGCACUGGUGAGCGAUGUGAAGUACAAGAAAGACAUUCAAAAUAUGCAUGAUCCAGUCUCGGAUCUCCCAAACUUGUUCUUAGACCAUGCUUUGAAAGCCAGCAAAAUGCUCAGCCGAUGGGAGUAUAGAAAGCUUUUUGAGGAAAACAAAGGAAUGUACCAUUUUGAUGCGGACGCCGCUGAACACUUGCACCAUAAAGGCAACGCCAAGCUCCAGAGUCAGGUUAAGUAUAAAGAAGAGUAUGAGAAAAAUAAGGGGAAAUCGAUGCUUGAAUUUGUUGAGACGCCAUUGUAUCAAGCUUCAAAGGAGGCUCAAAAGAUGCAUAGUGAGAAAGUUUACAGAGAGGAUUUUGAGAAGGAGAUUAAAGGAAGGUCAUCACUCGAUUUAGACAAGACUCCAGAAUUUUUACAUGUUAAGUACAUCACCAACCUUCUGAAAGAGAAGGAAUAUAAAAAAGAUUUGGAAAAUGAAAUAAGAGGGAAAGGAAUGGAACUUAACUCAGACGUUCUUGACAUUCAGCGAGCAAAACGCGCAUCUGAAAUGGCAAGUGAGAAAGAAUACAAGAAAGACCUGGAGUCAAAAAUUAAAGGGAGGGGGAUGCACAUUGGCACUGACACCCUUGAAAUACAACAUGCCAAGAAAGCUUCAGAGAUAGCUAGUCAGAAAGACUAUAAGAGAGAUCUGGAAACUGAAAUAAAAGGGAAGGGCAUGCAGGUGGGCACAGACACUCCUGAUAUCCAGAGAGCUAAGAAGGCAUCCGAAAUGGCCAGCCAGAAAGAAUAUAAGAAAGACUUGGAAAAUGAAAUUAAAGGGAAAGGGAUGCAAAUAAGCAUGGACAUCCCGGACAUGCUUCGAGCCAAGAGGGCAUCGGAGAUCUAUAGCCAGAAAAAGUAUAAAGACGAAGCAGAGAAGAUGCUUUCUAACUAUUCUUCAGUGGCAGAUAGUCCUGAAAUGCAGAGAAUCAAGACAACUCAACAAAACAUUAGUGCGGUAUUUUAUAAGAAAGAAGUAGGAGCUGGCACGGCCAUAAAAGAUACUCCAGAGACUGAACGAGUGAAGAAAAAUCAGCAGAAUAUUAGUUCACUCCGGUACAAAGAGCCGUGCCACAAAGCCACGCCGGUGAGCGUCACGCCAGAGAUGGAGAGGGUGAGGAGAAACCAGGAGCAGCUGAGUGCGGUAAAAUACAAAGGAGGGGUUAAACAAGCAACUUCAAUUUCUGAUCCACCAGAGCUGAAGAGAGCUAAAGAAAACCAGAAGAACCUCAGCAAUGUUUAUUAUAAAGGUCAGCUGGGAAGAGCCACAGCUUUAAGCGUAACUCCUGAAAUGGAAAGAGUGAAGAAGAAUCAAGAAAAUCUUAGUUCGGUAAAAUAUACCCAGGACCAUAAACAGAUGAAAGGUAGACCAAGUCUGAUUUUAGAUACGCCUGGUCUGAGAUAUGUCAAAGAAGCACAAAAUCAUAUUUCCAUGGUAAAAUAUCAUGAAGAUUUUGAAAAGACAAAGGGCAGAGGCUUUACUCCUGUUGUAGAUGACCCCGUGACAGAGCGAGUGAGGAAGAACACCCAAGUUGUCAGCGAUGCGGCCUACAAGGGCGUCCAUCCUCACAUUGUGGAGAUGGACCGGAGACCUGGAAUCAUUGUUGACCUCAAAGUUUGGCGCACAGAUCCUGGCUCCAUCUUCGACAUUGAUCCCCUGGAAGACAAUAUUCAGUCUAGAAGUCUCCAUAUGCUCUCUGAAAAGGCGAGUCACUAUAGGAGACAUCGUUCUCGCUCUCAUUCGAGCAGUACUUUUGGCACAGGUCUGGGAGACGACAAGUCAGAAAUAUCCGAGAUUUACCCCAGCUUUUCAUGCUGCAGUGAGGUAACCAGGCCAUCGGACGAAGGAGGUAGUAAAUUUGAAUCAGUCUCAGAGAACAAUAAUACAGUUUUGCAAACCUGUCCACCUGUCCUUCCUGGAGCCUAUCAGCAAAGCCAUUCUCAAGGCUAUGGGUACAUGCACCAGACCAGCCUGUCAUCCGUGAGGUCAAUGCAGCACUCACCAAAUCUAAGGACCUACCGAGCCAUGUACGAUUACAGCGCCCAGGACGAAGACGAAGUCUCCUUCAGGGACGGCGACUACAUCGUCAACGUGCAGCCCAUCGACGACGGCUGGAUGUACGGCACGGUGCAGAGAACUGGGAAAACGGGGAUGCUCCCGGCGAAUUACAUCGAGUUUGUUAAUUAAUUAUCUCCCCUUGUCUUUGAGCUUUAUUCUAAUGUAUACUAGACCUAAUCUUUUUAAAGGCUAGAAGAUACUUUUAAGACAACUUGGCAGUUAUUUUACAAUAAUCUCUCUCUACUUUGACAAUUAGACACGCAGGUACCAGGAAGAGGGAAUGACUUCUGGGCUGAAAACAGCAGCAUUUUCAGGAAUUGCUGUAAACAAAAUCGUUAGGUCUGGAGACCCUGGUGCUGCUAACCGUGUUAAUGGUUUCCUUUGACUGGCUUUCGAACACUGCUGGGAAAUGUAUUUUUGUAGACUUUAAUAGAGAUGUUGAGUGUCCCUUAAAUGUAACAAGUCUCUGAAACUUCUUAGCUGUCACUUUGGAACCACCAGAAGCUGAUUCUCUUAAUUCAGUAACACGGCCAAUGGUUUAAAAACAGUUAGCUUUUGAGUCAUUGGGGAAUUUCCAAUUCAAGUGAAAAUUGCCCAAUAUAAUAAACCUAAGCAGUGGCAGAAUGGCAGUUUGGUUACAAUUAUACUGACUGGUGGCCUUAGGGACCUAGAAACUUCUACCAAACAGACAUUUCCUUGUUCCCUAGGCUGACUUGGGUCUAUUUAUUUCUCAUUUGUAUCAAGGGAUACCCUUCUCUCCACUUACAUCCUGUGGGCCCGAGUCUACGCUUGACUGCACAGAAUGUCAGGACCAAAUGAUGUCACAGCUACUCCGCAAAGGGCAAAGUUUAAAGUCAUCGCUGUUAUUUCCCUAGUAGCUUUUACCCUGCUGCAUGUCACGUAGGUUCAAGCUCUGUAACAUAGGCAGCCGCACUGCCCGUCCCUGUUAUGAAAACAAAAACCGUGGCUGAUAACCUCACAGCCCCUCCCUCUAGCGGCCAGCUCAUCAGAAAAACAUCUUUUGAAAAGUUGCUUGAGAUCCUCUUGCUGUCCUGCACUCUAGUUUCGAAGGAUUUACACCUUUAGGAAAUAGACGUCUACUCUAGCACAUAAGUGGUUUAGGUGUUUACUGAACAACUUUCAUUAACUUAAUGCCGCCGUUGAUUGAAAAGGAAAGAAAACGGACUAGGAGCCAGUGAUGACGCGGUGUACUAGAGGCGACACAUGAGCAAAAAGUCCCCCCCUCCACACCGAGAUGAGCCGGUUUCCUAUUUUGGAAAACGGCAUUCAGAUCUGGGAAUGGAAAUCUAGCCACCGAAACCGCUUAGACUUGGAAAGACUUCCCUUCCACUUUCUUCCGGUUUUUCUUUUCUAAACCACAUUCAGGGGGUAAGGUGAAAUUGCCAACCGAGAUUUUAGGUAUAGGCCCAAGAGGUUGUCCACUGAAAAAAGCAACUGUUGUCCUGUCUCGAAUUUGAAAUGAGAGACCUUGCAGGCUCUUUCUGGACUCACAGCCAUGCUACACCCCUUGCUGGUGGCUCAUGAAGGUUCGCCUGUGGUCCACAGUCUAGAUCACUGGAGAAAUGAACGUCCAUCAGCGACUCUGUGUUUUUCUGAUGGGUUCAGACGUGCAAGAGGGUAGUGUUUUUGGAGGUCUGGCUCUACAGACUCACUCUACAGUGAUGAAGCUGGAAAAGCCAAGUCACAGAAAUAUGGUGAAAUGUAUGGAUCUUGGGGAUAUCUCCCUUCUAUAGUAUAUGCAAAGAAAUUAACAAAACAUCCUAUAAAGUACCUUUUUUUUUUGAAGUGUUUAGGAGUCCAAAACCAAAUGCUAACUCAUUUAUACUUUUUGAAAAGUUAGCACAUACUUUUGAAAAUUGAUAGUUUCAUUCAAUCCGGCUAAAAGAGCAAAUAAAACUUUGUUACACUCGAGCUGCAUCUGUAAGACAUUCACCGAAAAAGAAAAGACAGGAAUUUGGGUAAAAAAAAACUAGACAGUCUUUUUGAGGGGGUUUCACAGAUUACUACAUAACCAACUGGACUGAUUUUUUCUAUCAGUGAAAUGGUCGGUCAUGAUUAAAUCGACCCCAUUCGUGUUUUGAUCGUCUCGUAGGCAAACCGACAAAGACAAGCUGAAAUUGAAACAUUCUUACAAAAAUUUCUGUGCUAAAACCUAGGGCAAUGAACUUGCUCGAUUUACUUAUA